CUCAAUUGUGCAGGUACGGAAAUUUGGGUCAUAGCAAAACCGCUUCAUGUAGAUUCUGGAAGUAUAAAAGAAACUGCCAAUAUGACGAAGAUUAGAGGAACCACGCAUAAAUGUAGGAAGUUUGACGAUAUACUUGUAUAUCUUGGUGAAUUUGGAACAUAUCAGAAAUGCUGUUACUAUCUACUUUGUCUCAUGGCCAUCCUGCCAGCGUGCCAUGCAUUCGCACAAGUGUUCUUAGCCGCUGAGACAGAUCAUUGGUGCCAUGUUCCGGAGUUUAAUGAAGUUAAAUGCAGUUUGAACAAUUCAGUACCCUUUUGCCAAGAUAUGAUGAAGAACCUUAGUAUACCAUUGGAGGAGAGCUCCGAUCAGUGUGGUGAUGGUUUGGUUUACAGUAAUUGUGAACGCUAUGAAAACAUGACAUACACCAAUGAUACUAUAGAAUGUGAUCAUGGAUGGAUAUAUGACCGAUCACAAUACAAAUCAUCGAUAUUUCAGGAGUUUGAUUUAGUGUGUGGUCGCUAUUACUUAGGAGCACUAUCUUCUUCAGCACACAUGGCCGGUUUGUUUAUUGGAUCGGUAGGAUUCGGUGGUCUUUCUGAUAGAAUCGGGCGUUUACCAGCGUUGAUGGUAACCGCAUUGUGCAUGACGAUUUCGGGGACAGCCUGUGCCUUCUCACCAAAUAUCCAAGCCUAUUCCAUAUUCAGGUUGUUCGUAGGUGCUUCGCAGAUGGGAAUGUUUAUGGUGACCUUCGUUUUAGCAACCGAACUUGUUGGACCCUCAAAGCGAGUGUUCGCUGGAGCUGUAAUAGAAUUUUACUUCAGUUUUGGAUAUAUGCUAUUAGCAUUUUUGGCUUACUUCAUCAGAUACUGGUGGAUACUGCAGUUGUGUUUGUCAUUACCGGCAUCGAUUUUCUUAAUAUACUGGUGGCUUAUUCCGGAAUCACCAAGAUGGCUGAUUUCAGUGGGAAAAACUGAAAAGGCAGCGGCAAUCAUUAGAGAGUGUGCUGAAGUUAAUAGAGUUACUGUUCCGAACAGCGUGUAUGAAGAGUUAAAUGAGUAUACCGGGGACCUAAAGCAAAAUUCUGGAAGUUUUCUUGACCUUCUUCGCCUACCGAACAUGAGAAUGAAAUCUCUGAAUCUCUUCUACAACUGGUUUACUAUCAGCUUAGUGUACUAUGGGCUUUCACUUAAUACGUCCAAUCUCGGUGGCAACGACUACUUGAAUGCUUUCCUGUCAGGAGCAGUGGAAAUACCAGCUUAUACGCUAUCAAUAUUUCUUCCUGAAACUCGCUUUGGUCGUCGAUGGUCCCAGUCAUCAACAUUGAUAUUAGCGGGAGUGGCAUGUAUACUUACGUUGUUAGCUCCAGUUUGCAAAAUGCAAUGGAUUGGUAUUACUUUGGCCAUGAUCGGAAAAUUCUCUGUUUCCGCCGCGUUUGCCAUUGUCUAUAUUUUUUCUGCUGAAAUCUACCCAACUCCUGUAAGAACCAUAGGAUUGGGUCUCUCGUCCAUGUGUGCUCGCAUUGGUGGUAUUCUAGCACCACAGAUGAUAUUAAUCAAAACACUAUGGGAACCAUUACCAAUUAUUAUAUUUGGCGCGACAUCAAUUUUGGCUGGAUUAGUGACAUUACUGUUACCGGAAACACGUAAUCAGAAACUACCAGAGACGCUAGAGGAAGGCGAAUUAUUUGGAACGGCAUAUGCAAAACUAUCAGUUGAUGAUGGGGAAAAGAAAGAUCAAACUGUGCUGGAGGCAACUGUGUAAGGAUCUGUAUGUACCAUGAAAAACCAUGCUGGAAGCGUGGCGCAUGCAGUGCCAUCUCAUUUCGAUGACUGACAGUACUAACGGGCAGAACAAUCAACACACAAUAGAGUAGAACAAUCAGCACAUAAAUAUUGUAUGUUGGCUUUUAUUGUCUUAACUUCGCGAAACCUUUCUCGGAGAGAUCUCGAGGGGGGAAGAAUAGAUUAUAGACAAUUAUUUU